AUGUAUGGAGCUUGGGUUGUACUGGCGCUCGCGCUGCCUGCUGCUUCUGCUGGCGGCGCGCCCCCGAAGCUUCGCAAGGCACGGCAGGCCUGCGUGGACGUCAGCGCGGAGCAACUGCGAGCCUGGUGUGAUGGCCAGCCCAUUCCCUCGGGCUGCUUUCGUUUGGAGCCCACCCAGAUGUCGGCGGCUUUGACUGGCGACUGCCAGCUGCAGGGGCCCGUCAAGCCUGCCUCGGAACGUCGCCAUCUCCGGUUCGAUCAGGGUGCGUCACCAACGUUGCCGCCUUCACACCAGGGAGCCGAGCUCCAGGGCAGCGGCACGCUGGCAGGCGGAGACUUCGUCCUCAGCGGAUGGCUGCACUUUGUGUCGCUGCGCCUGGACCUACAGUCACUCACGCUGAACAAUGCGCAGGUGGUGAUGUCCCACAGCCAAUCCGCAGGCAAAGUCGAGCUAGGCGGCGCAUUUGUGGCAAAUGGGACGGUGACGCUUCGAAAUUCGAGUUUGAUGGUGGAGGGGACCCGAGCGGAAGCUGCCGGGGCCUUCUAUGUAGCCGACAGCUUGAGGAUACUGCAGGGUUCGACGCUGUCGGUUUCCAAGAGCGUGGCGGAGAAGGGAUCCGUCGGCGGCUUCUGGGCGGACGGUGACGUCACCGUGGACCGGUCAUCUCUUCGGCUUCAAGACACGCAGGCCACGGAGCACUGCGGAGGCUUCUACGCAAGGAAGCUGACGUUGCAAGGUGCCACACUGUCCAUUUCAGAGAGUGCGGCACAAAAUGGGACUGGUGGCGGCUUCUGGGUUGUGGACGACAUCGUCGUGGACGAUUCUUCCCUGUCAUUCCAGCACACCCGCGCUGCUGGUGCCGGGGGCUUCUUCGCAGAGGGGGGGCUCCAGAUGAGGCAGAGCUCCCUGCGCAUCUUCGACAGCCGCGCCGAAAGUGCCAAUGGUGGUGGCUUCAUUUUAAGCAAAGAUGCGUGGAUCCAGGACUCCUUCCUCAGCAUCGAGGAUGUCGCUGCGCGUACGGGAGGCGCCUUCGGGGUCAUGGGCAACCUGGCGCUGCAGGCUUCGAACUUGACUGUACAGACUGCCCAGGCAGCCGAUGAACGCGGCGGAUUCUUUGUUUCGGGGGAGAUGUCGCUAUUGGCAUCAGAUGUCCAGAUCAUCGACAGCACGGCCGCAAGUGCUUGCGGUGGAUUCAGCACCGCGGGCCCGCUCACGUUGGAUGGCUCGACCGUGCGCCUGCUGCGUGUAAGGGCCGGCGGCGCUGUUGGCGGCUUCACAUCUGGGGGACUGGUGCUCAGACGCUCUCAGCUCACAAUUCAGCAUGCACAGGCCGUUCAGAUUUAUGGAGGUCUAGUCUCCAAAGGCUCCAUCCUCGUGUCCGACGGCUCUUUGCUGCAGGUGUUCGACGCUUCAGUGCUGGGAAACGGCAGCUUUGCUGCAGGAAUAUCGGCUAAUAACUGGGUACGCAUCGACAGCGGCUCAACAGUGCACCUCGAGCGCGUCACCGCUGCGUGUGCUGCGGGUUUGCUCACUCUGGGCCAGAAUGUCACCGUGGCAGGGCAGUCCACGCUGCGCAUCUCCGAUGCCCUGGCCUUUGGCGAGAGAGGGACUACAGUCACCGGCAAAGGUGCAGGAGUCUAUACAAUGAAUGGCAACUUACAUAUCGUGGACAACUCCAGUGUGCGCAUACAGAAUGCCCGUUCGCUGGACUUUGGAGCAGGGCUCUUUGUUCGUGAGAUGUCGCUCGCCAAUGGCUCGGAGCUGCACCUUCGUAACACCUCCGCGGCAGAUGCAGCAGGAGGUUUUUGGGCAGAUGAGGCUGUGAAUGUCAGCAAUCGAUCGCGCAUCUCGAUUUCUCAUGUCGCUUCUGGGGAGAAUGCGGGAGGAUUCUAUUGCGCGAGCCUUCGCGUUGUGGAGCAGUCCACGGUUGAGAUCGCAGAGGCAAGGGCCGCUGGCCAAGGAGGCGGAAUCGCCUCUCUAACGGCACAAGUCUCCGGAGGCUCGGUGAUCCGGGUCUCGGGAGCCCGCGCUGGGUCGGCAGGCGGCGGGAUCUUUGUGAAGGAGAGUCUGGCCGUCAUGGGCAGUGAGAUCAACAUUGCCAACUCGAGCGCCAGUGACGGUGGAGGGCUGAAAGUUGGUUCCGUGGAGUUGCUGGACAGAUCGCUCCUCAGGAUUGCAGGCGCAAAUGCUUCCGGGUGGGGAGGAGGGUUUGCCAGCGGGCCACUUCACGUGCAGAAUUCGCAAAUCCACAUCCGGCACUCCACAGCUGACUUUGUCGGUGGCGGCUUUUCUGCAGAGGGUGUUUGGAUCACCAAGGGCACCCUCCUGCAGAUUAGUGAUUGUGCCGCUGCGCAGGACGGUGGUGGGUUUUACGCGGAGACCGUGCACGUGAUUGAGAACUCGACUGUGCAGAUUGACGAGACCUUUGCAGGACAUGCUGGGGGAGGCUUUACAGCCUCUGGCAAUGUUGAAGUGCAUGGCGCAAGCUUGCAGCUCUCAGGCACCCGAACUGGUGGAGAUGGUGGGGGCUUCAAUGCUCAACGUGGGCUACAAGUAUCAGGCGCUGCUCAGCUCAGCAUAACGCGGGCCACCGCUGAUGCAAUCGGCGGUGGAUUUGUCGCGGGCGACUUGCUUGUGGAUGCCUCAGAAAUUGUGGUUGAACAUGCGCUGGCUGGCAUAAGCGGAGGCGGCUUCAGCGUGCAAGGCAAUUUCUGGGCGAGUGCUGUGAGUGUCAAGAUGACGAACUGUACAGCUGGAAUUGAUGGGGGCGGCUUCCGAGCUCGUGGAGAGGUGCGACUCCGAAACGCCUCCGACAUCAGCAUCGCUGAGGUGCGUGCAGCUGGUAAUGGCGGAGCUCUUUGGGUCAGAGGGGGCGUUGAGGUGUCCGACUCAUCCGUGUAUGUCGCUGGGAAUGCAGGCCGCGACGGCGGGGGCCUCUUUAGCCACGCAGAUGUGCGCAUUCGUCGCUCGGGUGUGCGCGCCACGGGCAGCUGUGCUGGCCGCGGCUGCGGCUUCUUUGCCGGAAGCCUUCUGGCUGAGGACGCGGAGCUAAACGUGUCCUGGCCCGAGGAGGCUGAGGCGGCGGAAGCUUUGGCGGAGGGCAGAGGCGGCUUCCUGCGAGGACCGCUGCGCCUCGAGCGCUCAGCGCUGCACCUGCAGCGCUUGCCGGGCGGGGCCAGUGCCCUCAGGGCGCAAUGCCUGGCGAUCUCGGCAGAGUCUCUGCUUUCGCUCGAGGCCAGCACCGACGUGGGCGUGUCUCUGCACAACACGGACUGCGCAUUGACAUGCGCCUCCACUCUGCAGGCUACGGGUGGCAACGUCACCGGCACGGGCGUGUCCAGUGCCCUCCUCUGGGCCGAUGCAUGUGCCAACGAGACCAUCGAGAUUUCUGGCUUCCACCUCCAAACACACGCCGCAGCGGUCGCCAGGACAAGCUCCCAUGUUGUGCUUCGCGACACUACGGUCGACUUCCUGGGAUCUCUGGACGGCGAGGUCCCGAUCCUCCUAUCCCCGAGCUUCGAUGCAGAGCAGCUGCGCGCCACUUGCAGCCGCUGCCCCACCGGCCUGACCUUCGGCGUCUCCGAGGAGGGCCUCCACGCGCUGAGCAGGCCUGGGCUCCGCUGUGGCGAGGCCGCCACCCUGGUCCGAGGCUCCACGGAGCGCUGUGCCUGCGAGGCGCACCAGGUGCACGACGCCCAUUUCGGGGACAACGUCCACGUGUCGCAGACACGAAGCUACUGCAUGGACUGCCCACGCCACCACGAGGACCUUCAGGGUGAAGAGUGCCGGAAGUGCCCGCUGCUCAAGGCCUGGUCAGGAGGUGCAGGGCAGCCUUGCAGAUUCUGGCCUGACGCGGGGGCCACUCUCGCCCUGGCGCUGGCCGCGGCCGCUUUCGUGCUGCUGGGCUUGGCUGCCUUCGAGAUUCUUUGGGCGCCCCUGGCGGUUGUGGACGCACAAAUGCUGGAAGGGAAGGGCUUUGUCAUCACGGUGCAGGGGCCCAUCUGUCGGCUGCCGAAGUUCCUGGCCGUCUACGUGAACCGGAACGUCACCUACCGCAUCCAGGACACCGGGCUGCCGUGGCUCGACGAUGCCAAGCUGGGCGCUGUUGGCUUGCACAGCCUGGGCCGCGGCAGGUUGCAGCUCCCCCCACAGCUGCAGCCGCCCUUUGCCUGUGCCACAAGCCGGGGGUUCCUGCGUGCUGCGGGCUACGGGUGGCUGCUCCUGCAGCUUGGGCUGCUGCUCUUUGCCUUGAUCAUGCUGCCCACUACGCUGGCUGUGGCCGCGGCGUACGAGAACGAAGAUCUCCAUGUGCUGGUGACCGCUGGAUGCUUUGCCUCGCCUUUGGCCCUCCUCGCCGCUGUGCUACACCAUCCCGCUGCAUGGCUGCUGCGGCGGCAGCGGACGCCUCUCCAGGACGCCUGCCUUGAGUACCUCAAGAGCCUCAGGUGCCUCAAGGCGCUCCCGAAGAUCGAACCGUCCGAGAGCGGUGCAGUUGAGCGGGACCACCCAAAGAACCAGGGUCUAGCGCUCAGCAUUGUCCUGGAGUUUUGGGAGCACUUCGAGCGCUUCAUCCUGCAGAGAAACAUGCACUACGUCGUGGGCAACGUCGUGAUCCCGCUUACUGCCAGGAGCCAGACGUCCUUCGUUGCGCUUUGGGGCGGCCGAGCCGUCGAUUUCUUUGUCUCGCAUAGUUGGGGAACCAGCUUCCAGCACUUCGUGCAGUGCCUGCGCCACCAUGCAAGUUCGGCUAGCAGCGCACUUAGUGCACUCAGUGCACCGGACGCGGCAUACUGGAUCUGCUCCUUCGCCAACAACCAGUGGGACGUCGCCGCAGACCUCGGGGACCACAUCAUGGACAGCGCCUUCGCACGGGUGCUCCAGUCCGGCGUCCGCGGCGUCGUCAUGGUGCUGGACCAGCAGGUCCAGCCCUUAACGCGAGUUUGGUGCCUGUUCGAGUUGUUUCUUUCCAGCUCGCUCUCUUUGAACAUGGUCUUCGGCACAAACCUCGGUGUCUUGGGGGAUGAGCAGUGCGACUCUGUCGGCAUUGCGCUGGAGAUUGGCAAUAGGAUUGAAACUGUGAAGGUGGAGCAUUGCCAGGCCUCAAGCGACUUGGACAAGCAGCGGAUCUUUGCACACAUCCGAAGGCAACUGGGCAGUCUGGAGCGUAUGGACGAGAAGAUCCGAGCCAUGAUCAAGGAGAUGCUCAAAGAAAACCUCCUGCAUGCCACAACUUCCACUGCGCGGGCAACAAACCGGCGAGAUGAGAUGAAAACAGACAGCCCGUGGAAGCAGAAGCAGAAGCAUGCUACAGAAGCUGUCCAAGUCAUGGCAAGGCCCUACCGGGUGCAUGCCGAUCUACGUAGUCUUGCCGUAGGUUCUUGCUUUGCAGGUGCUUUGCGAGGCCUGCGAACCCGCUGGGGCCGAGCAGCUGGCAGCCUGGUGCCAGGGACUCAUGCUGCCGCCCAGGCCGGGGCUGGCGCUGCCUGGCAGUUGCCGGUUGCGGGCCCCUUGCAACAGCCCGCUGAGCUGCGGGGCAACGGCACGAUGUUUGGGGGCGAUGUUGUCCUUGGCGGCCAGCUCCGCUUGGUGUCCCUGCGCUUGGAGUUGAUGUCACUCGUGCUUGAGGACGCGCAGGUCGUAAUGUCUCACAACCACACCAACCAGGUGAUGGGCGACGAGGUCGAGCGAGGUGGUGCCUUUGCGGCCAACGGUACGGUUUCUGGUGCAAGAGCGCGAGAAGGGGGCGGUUUCUAUGCCGGAAACUUGUGUCCUGGCCGCGAGCGUUUGCUGCAGAGGGGUGUUAAGGGCGUUCGGACCAAUUGCUUUGCUGGCUACAACAAGGAUGCAUUCCAGGUAUGUCACUCGCAAUUGGUUUCCACUCAGAUCGAUACAGGAUUCUGUGAGGGUAAGUGCAUUCAAGAGAGGAAGGUGACCCAGAUCGGCAUCACGGGCAGUUGUCCACUGGCCGUGAUGCUGCAGUGUUUUAAGGGGGCAUCGCAGGACACUUCUGGAUGGUUCGAUGCUGUCCAUCAGCCGCUGUACUGUUCUGGCGGCGGUUUCCUCACAUCGAUGCUUUCGAGCGGCGUCAUCAACAUGGACUGGGCCUUUUUAAUUUGGGAUUUGCGAGUGGCGCACUUUUGGACGUUUGCUGAGAUAGCUGAGAGAACAGCCCUAGAGCAAGUGUUUGCCUCAUGUUCUCACUUGAUGGUUGCUAUAGUUGAUUGUUGUCGGCAGGACAACUCUUCCAUGCGAAUUGAGGACACUGAGGCAGGUGGCUUCGGAGGCGGAGGCUUCUUCACCGGGGGAGUUGUGCGUCUCCGAGCUGCCUCGCUGGAGAUACAGCGCAGCAGGGCCACAGGUCGCGAUGGGGGCCAUUUCGUUGGAGGGGGCUUUCUCGCCGCAGCCCUGGAUCUCAUGCGCUCCUCGCUGAGCAUUCGGGAUGCUUCCGCCCAAAGCGGAGGCGCCUUCACUUUGAUCUCCUCCCUCGUCACCAGCCAUGCCCGCAUCACGGAGUCCACAGUGGUCAUUGAACGCUGUGCGGCCACGCGAAGCGGAGGAGCUUUUACUACGAUGCCACCGCCCACGAGUGACGUAGGCCAUGGCGAGGUCCUCAUCUCCGAUUCCAACAUGAGGAUUUCGCACGUCACGGCCAAGGUCAGUGGCGGCGGCUUUGAAGUGGGGUCGCUGAGCUUGCGAAGGUCUGAAGUGCGACUGGAACACGCUUCAGCGCGGGAUGCAGGCGGCAUCUUUUCGUGGAAGAGCAUGCUCAUUUCCAAUCAGUCCCGCGUCGCACUUUUCAACACGACUGCCACAGGCGACUGGGGAGGCAUCAAAGCACAGGAAACCUUGGAGUUGACAGGCGGAUCGAAGGUCCUUAUUGAGCAGUCAGAGGCUGCAGGGAACGGCGGUGGCGCCUCGGUGCAGCUGCGAACUCGGAUUGCCGAAGGGUCAGCCAUGGUCUUCCUGGGGUGCGCUGCCGGGAGUGGCGGCGGCUUCCAUGCCAGUGAGGCGGUAGUAGUGGAGGGAGAGUCACGGCUCGAGUUCAAAGACUGCAGGGCUCGGACAGGAAAUGGUGGAGGCCUCAAGGCAGGUACAGCUUCCUUGAGUGUAAUGGGCAACUCUACUGUCAGCUUUGACCGGUGCCGGGCACACAGGCGUGGAGGAGGCGGCUGGGUAGCUCAGAAUGUCUUGGCGACAGGUGGGUCCUCAAUUUUGGUGUCCGGAACAGCAAGUGGUGCUUCUGGUGGCGGCUUGCAGGUGCAAGGCUCCUUGCUCCUGGAGGAGCAGUCCACAGUCUCCAUCGAGAACUCUUCGGCAGGAGAUGGAGGAGGAGGAUUCUACGCUUGGCGUGUCAAGAUGCAUGGCAAGUCAUCCAUGUCAGUGUCACGAAGUACUACCCAGGCUUCCUCCGGUGGAGCAUUCGCAGUCGAUCUCUCGAUAGACAUCAGCGGCCACUCCAAAAUGAACGUCGUGGAUGCUGUUGCACAAGAAAGUGGCGGCUGCAUCGCAACGACUGGUGGGAUCAUCAUUUCCCACGGCUCGACGCUGACGUGUUCAAACUGCACAGCCAGGACAAUGGACGGUGGAGCUCUUUGGGCCAAAGAGGACAUUGAGGUGUCCGACUCAUCCGUGUAUGUCGCUGGGAAUGCAGGCCGCGACGGUGGGGGCUUCUUUAGCCAUGCAGAUGUGCGCAUUCGUCGCUCGGGUGUGCGCGCCACGGGCAGCUGUGCUGGCCGCGGCUGCGGCUUCUUUGCCGGAAGCCUUCUGGCUGAGGACGCGGAGCUAAACGUGUCCUGGCCCGAGGAGGCUGAGGCGGCGGAAGCUUUGGCGGAGGGCAGAGGCGGCUUCCUGCGAGGACCGCUGCGCCUCGAGCGCUCAGAGCUGCACCUGCAGCGCUUGCCGGGCGGGGCCAGUGCCCUCAGGGCGCAAUGCCUGGCGAUCUCGGCAGAGUCUCUGCUUUCGCUCGAGGCCAGCACCGACGUGGGCGUGUCUCUGCACAACACGGACUGCGCAUUGACAUGCGCCUCCACUCUGCAGGCUACGGGUGGCAACGUCACCGGCACGGGCGUGUCCAGUGCCCUCCUCUCCGCCGAUGCCUGUGCCAACGAGACCAUCGAGAUUUCUGGCUUCCACCUCCAAACACACGCCGCAGCCGUCGCCAGGACAAGCUCCCAUGUUGUGCUUCGCGACACUACGGUCGACUUCCUGGGAUCUCUGGACGGCGAGGUCCCGAUCCUCCUAUCCCCGAGCUUCGAUGCAGAGCAGCUGCGCGCCACUUGCAGCCGCUGCCCCACCGGCCUGACCUUCAGCGUCUCCGAGCAGGGCCUCCACGCGCUGAGCAGGCCUGGGCUCCGCUGUGGCGAGGCCGCCACCCUGGUCCGAGGCUCCACGGAGCGCUGUGCCUGCGAGGCGCACCAGGUGCACGACGCGCAUUUCGGGGACAACGUCCACGUGUCGCAGACACGAAGCUACUGCAUGGACUGCCCACGCCACCACGAGGACCUUCAGGGUGAAGAGUGCCGGAAGUGCCCGCUGCUCAAGGCCUGGUCAGGAGGUGCAGGGCAGCCUUGCAGAUUCUGGCCCGACGCGGGGGCCACUCUCGCCCUGGCGCUGGCCGCGGCCGCUUUCGUGCUGCUGGGCUUGGCUGCCUUCGAGAUUCUUUGGGCGCCCCUGGCGGUUGUGGACGCACAAACGCUGGAAGGGAAGGGCUUUGUCAUCACGGUGCAGGGGCCCAUCUGCCGGCUGCCGAAGUUCCUGGCCGUCUACGUGAACAGGAACGUCACCUACCGCAUCCAGGACACCGGGCUGCCGUGGCUCGACGAUGCCAAGCUGGGCGCUGUUGGCUUGCACAGCCUGGGCCGCGGCAGGUUGCAGCUCCCCCCACAGCUGCAGCCGCCCUUUGCCUGUGCCACAAGCCGGGGGUUCCUGCGUGCUGCGGGCUACGGGUGGCUGCUCCUGCAGCUUGGGCUGCUGCUCUUUGCCUUGAUCAUGCUGCCCACUACGCUGGCUGUGGCCGCGGCGUACGAGAACGAAGAUCUCCAUGUGCUGGUGACCGCUGGAUGCUUUGCCUCGCCUUUGGCCCUCCUCGCCGCUGUGCUACACCAUCCCGCUGCAUGGCUGCUGCGGCGGCAGCGGACGCCUCUCCAGGACGCCUGCCUUGAGUACCUCAAGAGCCUCAGGUGCCUCAAGGCGCUCCCGAAGAUCGAACCGUCCGAGAGCGGUGCAGUUGAGCGGGACCACCCAAAGAACCAGGGUCUAGCGCUCAGCAUUGUCCUGGAGUUUUGGGAGCACUUCGAGCGCUUCAUCCUGCAGAGAAACAUGCACUACGUCGUGGGCAACGUCGUGAUUCCGCUUACUGCCAGGAGCCAGACGUCCUUCGUUGCGCUUUGGGGCGGCCGAGCCGUCGAUUUCUUUGUCUCGCACAGUUGGGGAACCAGCUUCCAGCACUUUGUCCAGUGCCUGCGCCACCAUGCAAGUUCGGCCAGCAGCGCACUUAGUGCACUCAGUGCACCGGAUGCUGCAUACUGGAUCUGCUCCUUCGCCAACAACCAGUGGGACGUCGCCGCAGACCUCGGGGACCACAUCAUGGACAGCGCCUUCGCACGGGUGCUCCAGUCCGGCGUCCGCGGCGUCGUCAUGGUGCUGGACCAGCAGGUCCAGCCCCUAACGCGCGGUGUUUGGUGCCUCUUUGAGUUCCUCCUCUCGAGCCAGCUGAACCUGACCCUGGCUUUUGGCACCGACCUGGGCAUCCUGGGCGAGCGGGGCACCUCGCCGGACAUCACCCUGCAGAUCGGGCGGAAGCUGGAGUCGCUGCAGGUGGCCAACUGCCACACCUCCAGCGAGGAGGACAAGCGCAAGAUCUUGGACUUCAUUCGGGCGGAGCUUGGAAGCACCGAGAGUAUGGACAAGCAGAUCAGGCGGCGCAUGAGCCGCAUCCUGCGUGAGACUGUGCAGAACCUGGCGAGCGACACGCAGAGCCUGAUGCUUCGCCUGAGCUGA